AUGAAUCUUCGAAGAAGCUUAUCACAUUUACAUGCGGAAUGUGAAGCUUUGAUUUGGGCGAUAAAGUGCAUGAAGACCCUGCAAUUCUCAGACGUAGUAUUUGCGACGGAUUCUCAACUGGUGAAGAUGGUGUCCUCACCUGAAGAAUGGACAGCUUUUGUUACACAUAUGGAUGAAUUUUCUCACAGUAAGACUUUCUUCCAUACCUUCAAGAUCAGACAUAUUCCAAGGGCACAUAAUAAAAUGGCGGACAAACUUACACGUGGUGCGAGGAGUUUUCUUUCAGCUAUGUUAUAUGUCGAUUCUCUACCUCCGGUUUGGCUAUCUGAACCGAUGGUUUCUUAG